AGUUAAUGCAAUUGCUCAAAGAAUGUUACGGAUCAUUGCUCUUACUGGUUAUUUUCUGGAGUAAACACAGAGAGGGAACUGAUACUUGCUACAGUGGGUGUUUUCAGCGAGAAAGAGACCUCGGCACAGAAAUCGGACACCAUUUGCCCAUAUCAAAGGCGUGAACUCGGGAGUGUUUGGCGGCGUAGCUCUACUAAGUACUGAUUACAGCCCCUCAGAUUACCAAACGUCGUGGCCUUCAGAUCUCCCGGAUUGAUUUUUCUGAGUCACAGGCAAGAAAAGGUGCAUGCGAUCGCAAGGCAGCUACGAUAAAGUCGCACAUGGCAGUGCAUCUGAAUUCCGGACACGACAUUGACAUGGCUGCACAGACGAAGGAAGCCAUUGAGUCUUGUGGUGGUGUUCGCGGCGUGAGCGUGAAGGUUUACAGUCCUCCUGACGCUCCAUCCAACAAGAGCACGAAAUGGCAAAAGUGGAGCUACGUCAGUAACCUCCACUUCAGCCAUGACGGGAUAAGACCUUGGAGAGCCUACGACAUUGGGCCUGGGAAAAGUGUUCCAUGGACAAAGUUCAGUGUUCCUGAAGAAUGCGAACGUCCGGCAAUAGAGGCUAGUCCUUUGAUGAGCGAGGCCAGUGCGAGCUUUGUUCCAUUAAGACCGAGACGAACAGGUGGCCAUUCUCCUGUGACAGAGAAAGAAGACAUUUCCGAAAGUGAAGAUGAGUCAAUCGAUACCCUGUCUUCUGCAAUCAAUUCUCGAUUAUUUACGUGCCGGGAAGAGGAAUGCAUCAAGUCUUUUAUGCGGCAUUCAUCGCUUGUUAAACACUGCUGUUUAGACUGUGAAAAACAUAAGCGUAAACUAGAGCACGAAACACUCUAUGACAAGGCCAUAAUAGAAUACGCGACUAAACUGGACUCUGGCGCGAGCAAAAUUCCAUGCGGUGGUAGAGGGAAGUAG